AUGAAGUUGCUUUCAUGGAAUGUUAGAGGGUUGGGGAGGAUGGAGAAGAGAAGCAAAGUGAAGAAGCUCUUAAAGGAGAGGAGUGUAGACAUGGUACUGUUCCAAGAGACAAAAAAGUCAGAGUUUUCAGAGGAAGAUGUCAGAUCUGUAUGGGUUAGAGCCAAAAUGGAGUUUAUGGUGGUGGAUGCUGAAGCCUCGGCAGGAGGGUUAUUGUGUAUAUGGGACCUAGAUGUAUUCCAAGUGAAGGAAUGCUGCAACAAUAGAAGGUUCAUCCUAUUAUCAGGUACUUUAUUCCAUCAGUUCAAUUGUGUUAUUAUAAACAUUUAUGCAUCGAAUGAUGUGGGCUCAAGAGGGAAGCUGUGGAAUUGUUUAUUGAAAUUGAAGGAGGAGUUUCCUGAUCCUUGGUGUUUAGGAGGAGAUUUCAAUGAGAUUAGACAGAUUGGGGAAAGGAGAGGGUGCUCAAGGAGGGAUAGAGGCAUGAAUGAAUUUAAUGAGUUCAUUGAUAAGUGUGAGGUUUCUGAAUUACCUUUACUUGGAAGGAGAUUUACUUGGUGUAAUUCAUUUGUUGAGGAGAAGUGGAGCAAAAUAGAUAGAGUGUUAGUAGAUCCAAAAUGGCUUGAGGUGUUCAAGUUAAAGUUAUGGGGUUUGCCUCGUUUGGUCUCGGAUCAUUGCCCUCUCCUUAUGAUGGAGGAUGAGAGGGAUUGGGGCCCAAAGCCUUUUAGGGUUCUAAAUGCUUGGUUCUUGCAUAAAAACCAUAGAAGAUUCUGGGAGUCUAAAUGGGAAGAGGCCACUGUUGUGGGUUGGGCUGGUUUUAUUCUGGCACAGAAGCUUAAGUUCUUGAAAAAUGGUCUUAAAAGUUGGAAUGUGGAGGUGUUUGGUAAUGUUAUAAAUAAAUGGAAGUUAGUAGAGGGUGAGCUUCAUAGCUUUGAUCUGCUGGCUGAGGUUAGAGACCUUGAUGGAGAGGAAAAAAUGAGAAAAGGGGAGCUGGUGUUUGAUGAUCCAAGUCAAGUGAAAAGUAAAGUGCUGGAAUUUUUUAAGUUACAGUAUGCAGAACUAUGGCCUUCAAGACCUGUGCUGGGGGGUCAGUUUCCAUCAGUUGAAGGCAGGGUGUGUUUCGGAUUGCUAGAAGCAGAAUUUACAGAAUCAGAAAUUAAAUCUACAGUGAUGGAUUGUGAUGGGAAUAAAGCACCAGGUCUGGAUGGGUUUAAUUUGCUGUGUUAUCAGAAGUUUUGGAAGGUGAUGAAGGGCGAUGUCAUUAAUUUUGUGAAAGAAUUUCAUACGAAUGGCAAAUUGGUUAAAGGUAUAAAUAGCUCUUUCAUAACCCUUAUUCCGAAGAGAGAUAAUCCACUAGGGCUUUCUGAUUACAGACCAAUAAGUUUGGUAGGCUCAAUGUACAAGAUCAUAGCAAAACUGUUGGCAAACAGAUUGAAAUCCAUAAUGCCACAUAUUAUUAGUGAGCCUCAGUCUGCAUUUUUAAGCGGGAGGAAUAUUCUAGAUGGAGUACUUGUUGCUAAUGAGGUUGUCGAGGGUUAG